AUGUCACAGAAACUUCGCGAUACUUACCUGAUACAUGAAUAUACAAACGAAGAUCGUAACUUGGAUCUUUUUUUUUACCUGUUAGUUGCCACAGAAUCGCGUGAUGUCUCUUACCAACACCGUCGCCAGGUGAAGAAAAGUAUUAAAAAUUUGUUUGCUUCGACUCCAAACUUUCAAAAAUACAUGAAGAGGGGAGUGUACCUGGCCUGCAUUUUCUAUCAUGACAAUAAACUCUUGGUAACAACUGAAGAAACGGUACCCAUCCUGGAAGUGGACGAUUCUCAUCCUUCAUCUCUUCACACUGACUUUCAUUGGUUGAUGAAGAUUGCAUGUACGUGGAAAGAUGUGAAAGCCUUACGACAUGAUAUGGAAAAGAGUCACAGCUCCUCCACCCUCCACUUCCGUAGCAAGUUACUUCAAGCUAUUGAACAGAUGCAGGUAAGCUGCUUAGGGACAUAUGACUUAGGACAGCUGUUUUACAAACCAUUUAAAGACGUUGAAGGAACCCUCGUGAUAACCACCGUUAAGUAUGUGAGUGAUCCCAAAAGUCAGAAGAGCCUGUCGGUGCGGUGGCUCCCUCUGGCGAAAAUUCAUCGUAAACUUCCAUCCAUCAGUGCAAGUGAUGGUGGUGAAAUACCUCCUGCCGACGAAUUGCUCCUAUCGUCACUCCAGGUGUUAAUCAAUUACAAUCAUGUCAGUAUUCUUCGUUUGUCACGUGGACUGUAUCUUGGAUAUGUGAAACUGAAGAGCUCAGUUGAUGUUAUCCGCGUGUUUGUGCCGUGGAAAGUUCCAAAUGUUCUACCUUUCUGUCGGAUUAGGGAUAAUCCCCACGUGACUAAAGAAGAAUGGGCGUGGAUGCAAUCUUUAGCAUCUACUGAAAAGUCCGAAUUUCCUACAACAGCUCAGCUACAGUUCCAAAAGCUAUUGACGGCUGCAGUUAAAAACCUGUGUUGUCAAUACAACAUACCAGCUGAACAGAUUAACGCCCACAGAAUCUACAAUCUGGAAGUUAUUGAGUUGAGUCCAGACGUUUCUUUCUUACUAAUGAUUCCACCGACAGAUUACGUGUGUUCUGUACCUGGUCAAACUGAUGACUUCUUAUCUCGCGCUGAUUGUAUUCCUCUACCUGUCCAAAUCUUUGAAAUGGUACACAUGAUGACGUACAAUUCCAUUUUCAUCUCCCGGUAUUCUCGCCUUUCCUCAGUAUUGGAGAUGGACACCAUGCUGGCACAGCACGCCCAACGAGAGGCAUUCUCGGCAGCUGAAGUAACUUCAGCGAAAGACCGACUGAGUCAGCUGCAGGAAUUUCAGACCCAAGUAGACAACACUUGGCGAUCUAUGCGGUGGGUCAUGGACGUGCUAACAUUCGCUAGAGAUAAGCAGCCGAACGGUGGCGUUCCGCUGGAUCACAUCUUGAUCCAAGAUUCGGGAUCUCCUUCUCCACAGCCUUCCCCUCAUCAGUCUCCCAUACAAGAACUCUUCAGAUAUAAAAAAGAGAACUGUACUCUGUAUUCAGAAGAUACCAUAAGUGAUAAUUUUUUAAAAGUAACGACGUCAUCAAGUUAUUUAGCCCUACAGAGCUCAGAAUGUCGAUAUAAAGAGAUUCGUCGAAGUGUGUCCACCUCUCACCUGCUAAAAAAUAACCAAAGGUCAGGGUUAAAUCUGAACAAUUCUACAACCUCGGGUUCUCCAAAGAACAGCAGUAUUAAUUUAAGUACGAGCACCGUGGAAUUAGAGCCCGAGGAACCUAAACUAACGAUAACUUCCUAUCUCGGCUCAUUGCAAAGUGAAGAAGAUGAGAACGAACAGGAGCAAGAAUGGGGGAUCGAUCUUCAGCGCUGCACUGCGUUUGCCAGUAAUGGGAGCAUGCGUAGUAGUAUAACUGACAGUAUUAUGUCGUUAUCAUCUCAUGAGGCGGAUGGUGCUGACGAUGAAGGAGCAGAGAAAACUAGUAUAUAUUCUAAAGACGGCGCCCACAGCAUCGGAGAAGGAACUCAACCUUGUCAGGACGUCAAUUCUGCCAGUGAAGAUGAAACGUCAGAUAGUGAUUUGUUCAGUAGGUUGUCUUCACCUUACUCCUCUUCCGGCUCCAAUCCACAACCAGACAUUCUGCGAAUUUACGCAGCGUAUGAAAGUGGCUUAUCUAGUGGCACAAGCGUAAAACUACACGUAUCAUCACAUACCACCGCUCGAGAAAUAGUCAAUCUUGUAGUCAAACAGCUUAAUAUGGCCGUUAUUUUAAAAGGACUAAAAGGCCCUAUUUAUGGUGCAACACAACUAAAAGACUUUUGUCUUACUGUUGUACUUGACACAAGGGAGCGCUGUUUAAGUGAUGAAUUCAAACCACUCAGCCUGCAGAAUCCGUGGACCAGAGGGAAGCUACUUGUUCGUUUAAAAAGUGGACUCAAGGACCCUUCGAAACAAUAAAAACAGACCUUUUAAAAUACGGUUCUUCUUAAGAUAUCGAUGUAUUGUAUAUAUGUGUGUGUGUGGUUCAUCAAGUGGGUCCUGCCAAGAAAUGGUUCCAGUCAACUUGUUAAACUGGAAUUACCCCUAGUUGUCCACAUCCCCUUACCCAGAUCAUGCCCAAGAUAUUUCUUGGGCUUUGUUUUCAAUAUCAAUAAUAAACAUAAAGCAGUUUCGCAUAACUCGAAUUUGUUGUUUUAAGUUGGCCGGAAAGGAAUUCUAAAUGUGAAACUAAAAUGUAUGCUUACUAUUCAGGAAUAUGUAUAUUUUACUCCCCACAAACUGUGUAUGUGUACAGAUAGAUAUUUUUAUCCUAUAAUUAGACGUGGACGUAUGAGAUAGUGUGAUUAUCAGAAUGGCGUCGUGAAACAUUGUAUUUUUUAUACCCGUUUUCACUUCAAGGCUGCAGCCGUUGUAUAUUUAACAC